CAUGGGGGAGAAGCAUGGAGGGAGCCACAGGGCCCUGCUCAACCAGGGAGAGGAGGCUGAAAUGGAGAUGUUUGGCUACAAGACCCACGGCUUCCGGAGGGCCCUGUGCCUGGCUGGCUACGUCCUGUCCUGCGGAGGCCUCCUGCUUCUCUUCCGCUGGAAACCCGAGUGGGACGUCUGGGCCAACUGCCAGCCCUGCAGCUUGGAAGAGGCCGACGUGGUACUGCUCAGAACCACAGAUGAAUUUCAGAUUUGCACCCAGAGAAAGGUGACCUGGACCCCUCUGUCUGCCCACUUGAAACCCAGCUCUCUUGGCACGGACGAGGAGGAGGAGGAGGAGUCCCUCCUGAACAGGGUCAUCGUGAAAUCAGACUUCAAGGUGCGGUCCCUCCAGGUGCAGAAGAUCCGCUACGCCUGGGACUUCUCUGCUCGAGAGUUUCGGAAGGUUGGAGUCCUGGAGGACCACCACAGUUGCCUGGAGAUGCAUGCCAAGUUUGGGGCGGGGCUGACAAGCCCCGAGCAGGAGCUCAGGAGAGAAGUCUGUGGCCCCAACGCCAUCGACAUUGAAGUCACGCCGAUCUGGAAGCUGCUGGUCAAGGAGGUGCUCCAUCCAUUUUACAUCUUCCAAGUCUUCAGUGUCUGCCUGUGGUUUGCAGAGAAUUACACGGAGUAUUCUGUGGCCAUAAUCAUCAUGUCCCUCCUUUCCAUUUCACUCACUGUGUAUGACCUCAGAAAGCAAUCCGUGAAGUUGCACCAGCUGGUGGAAUCCCAUAAUAGUGUCCUGGUCAAGGUGUUCAGCAAACAGACAGGCACCCAGGAGGUGGAAUCCCGCCAUUUGGUGCCCGGAGACACCCUGAUCCUGGACGAGGGCAGAAGCCUGCUGCCUUGCGAUGUCCUCCUGCUCAGCGGCCAGUGCAUCGUGGAUGAAGGCAUGCUGACGGGGGAAAGCCUUCCGGUCACCAAGACCAGCCUGAGCCGUGAUUGCAAGAGCGCCCAGCCGUGGCAUCUCAGCUCCGCCGAGGACAGCAAGAGGCACCUUCUGUUCUGUGGGACGGACGUCAUCCAGGCGAGGGGAGACGAUGGCGGACCAGCAAGGGCUGUCGUGCUGCGGACCGGUUUCAACACAGCCAAGGGAGACCUGGUGAGGUCCAUCCUGUAUCCCAAGCCGAUGAACUUCCGCCUCUACCGGGAUGCCAUGCAGUUUCUCUUGUGUCUCGUCGUGAUGGCUGGCAUUGGAAUGGUCUACGCUGUCUGUGUCUUUGUAAUAAAUGGGCAAGAGGCCGGUGAGGUGGUGAAGAAAGCCCUGGACGUCAUCACAAUCGCCGUGCCCCCAGCUCUGCCUGCCGCUCUGACCACGGGGAUCAUCUACACCCAGAGGAGGUUGAAGAAAAAGGGGAUUUUUUGCAUCAGUCCCCAGAGGAUUAACGUCUGCGGCCAGCUGAACCUCAUCUGCUUCGACAAGACGGGCACCCUCACUGAAGAUGGGCUGGACCUCUGGGGCAUUGUCUUGGCUGAAGGAAAGAGCUUCCAGGAGGUCCAUCGCUUCUCUUCUGGCCAGCCGAUGUCCUGGGGCCCGGCGUAUGCAGCCAUGGCCUGCUGCCACUCCUUGAUGGUCCUGGACGGGAAGAUUCAGGGGGAUCCGCUGGACCUCAAGAUGUUUGAGGCAACUCACUGGUGGGAAGGAGGACCAGCAAAUGUUCUGAUGGUCAGACCAGGACCCGAAGCUGUGGAGGUGCCCGUCAAGGGCCUGGCAGUCCUUCGGCAGUUCCCCUUCUCUUCAGCCCUGCAACGGAUGACGGUGGUGGCCCAGGAGGUCCCCGGGGAUGGCCAGGUCUUCAUGAAGGGCGCCCCAGAGAUGGUGGCCAGUUUCUGCCAGCCAGAGACAGUGCCCCCCAGCUUUGCCCGUGAGCUCCAGGGCUGCACUUCCCAGGGCUUCCGAGUCAUCGCGCUGGCGCACAAACGUCUGCAGGAAGGAAGACCGGUCGCCUCCCUGACCAGGGAGGAGGUGGAGUCCAGCCUGACCUUCCUGGGCCUGCUGGUCAUGGAGAACCGGCUGAAGAGCGAGACCAGGCCGGUCCUGCAGGAGCUCAGCCAGGCCCACAUCCGGAGCGUGAUGGUCACAGGUGACAACCUUCAGACCGCGAUCACUGUGGCCAGAAACGCGGGCAUGAUCCCGCAGGGCAGCCGGGUGAUCCUGGUGGAAGCCGGUACCCAGCCGGGCCAGCCCUCGGCCUCCGUCCGCUGGGAGGAGCUGGAGGAUCCCAGCCAGGAAGGCAGCGGAGCAGAGGUGGUGGUUCUGGAGCCGGAGGGAGACCCUCUGCCCGCCAGGGACCGCGGCUUCCACUUCUGCCUCAGCGGGAGCUCCUACGAGGUCUUCAGCCAGCACUUUGGGCAGCUCCUCCCGCAGCUGCUCCUGAACGGGACGGUCUUUGCCCGGAUGUCUCCUGCUCAGAAGGCCCACCUGGUGCAACAGUUCCAGCAGCUUGACUACUACGUGGGCAUGUGUGGAGACGGGGCCAACGACUGUGGGGCCCUGAAGGAAGCCCACGCGGGGAUCUCCCUCUCUGAGCAGGAUGCCUCGGUGGCCUCCCCCUUCACCUCCAAGGUCCCCACCAUCGAGUGUGUGCCGGAACUGAUCAGGCACGGCCGGUCUGCCCUGGUCACCUCCUUCUGCAUGUUCAAGUACAUGGCCCUCUUCAGCCUGGCCACCUACAUUGGCGUCCUCCUGCUCUACUGGCAACUCAACUCCUUUGCGAAUUACCAGUUCCUCUUCCUAGACCUGGCCAUCACCACCGUCAUUGGGAUGACAAUGAGCCUGAACGGGCCCCACCCUGGGCUGGCGCCCUACCGGCCCCCCACGCAGCUGCUGGCCCCUCCGCUGCUGCUCUCCGUGGUGCUGAACCUCCUCUUCAGCCUGGCAGUGCAGCUCUGCGGCUUCCUGAUGGUGCAGCAGCAGCUCUGGUACUCCCCCAGCGACAUCCACAGCGCCUGCUCCCCCGUGAACGCCACUCACCCCCCGAGCCCUGGGCCCAGAGCCCCCCUGCCCCCCAGGGACGGCUUCCAGAGCUACGAGAACAGCAGCGUGUGGCUCCUUUGCACCCUCAACUGCCUGGCGGUGGCCCUGGUCUUCUCCAAGGGGAAGCCCUUCCGGGAGCCCGUCUACAAAAACUACCUCUUCAUGGGGGCCCUGACGGUGCAGCUGGCCGUCUGCCUCUUCUUCCUCUUCGCCAAUUUCGAGGGACUCUACGCCCAGAUGGAGCUGGUAUGCACCCCCUCCCUCUGGAGGGUCUGGCUCCUUGGGCUGCUGCUGGUCGCCUUCAUCGCCUCCUUCGCUGUGGAGGAAUGGCUGAUAGAGAACCGGGCGCUCUGGCAGUGGAUCAAGAGGGCCGUGGGGUACCAGUCCAGCAGCCGCUACAAACAGCUCCAGCGGGCCCUGCAGGAGGACCCGGCCUGGCCCCCCAUCGACAGGACGGACGUCUCGAGCUCCACGGUUGUCCCCCUCGAAGGGCCGGGCCCCGCCUACUCCAACCCGGCCUUCGUGAGCCACGAGCAGCCGUGCCACAAAUGCUGA